UCAUUAAACUUCAAUCUUUCAUACGUGGAUGUCUACUCCAAAAGCAAUACAUGAAAAUCAAGAAGUCAGUGUGCAUUAUACAGAGACGAUUUAGAGCAUACCUUGUCAUGAAACAAACUCAAAAGAAGUACCUUACUCUUAAAGAAGCUGUUAUUACUAUUCAAGCCUACUUUAGAGGUUACCUGAUGCGUCAUGAAUACAGAAAAGAGAGGGCAGCAAUUGUCAAGCUACAGUCAGGCACCAGAAAGUUUCUCUGUCAGAGAAAUUAUGCAAGACUGAAACACACCGUCAUUGAAGUUCAAAGACGAUACCGUCAAAAAGUAUGUGUUGCAAGAGUGAAAAUGGAAUACUUGACUACCAAGGCUGCAGUCAUUACCAUUCAAGCACACUACAGAAGACAUCUUCAGCAGCGAGACUACAAACAACGAUCAGUUGUAGUUCUUCAAAGUGCUGCUAGAGGCUGGAAAGCUAGAAGACAAGUAAAACAAAGAAAACUAGCAAUCAUCCGUAUUCAGGCUGUUGUCAGAAAGCUUCCUGCUGUACAGAGAUUUCAAUCUUUGAAGAAAUACACCGCCUUUUGUCAACAACGCUAUAAAGCCAAGUUACAAGGAAGAUUGGUUCAUCAUCAGUAUUUGGCCCUUCGUCAAGCAGCUGUAACAAUGCAAUCAUUCUACAGAGGAAUCCAGGUUAGGGAAAUGUUGUUACUGAAACAAGAGAGUGCCAGAAGAAUUCAGUCAUGGUACAGAGGACGAAAACAAUACAUAUUGUACACAGAACUAAGAAAAUCAGUCCUCAUCUGUCAGAAAACUUACAGAGCUUGUAGAUUAGCACAGUCAGAUCAAAAGAAGUUCUUGGUCCUUAAAGGAGCUGCUCUUACUAUUCAGGCAGUUUAUAAAGGCUACAAGACAAGAUGUAUGUACCAAAAAAUGAAGCAGGCCAUAGUUUUGCUCCAGUCUGGUUCUAGAGGUUUUCUAGAAAGAAAGAGGCUAAAGGAACUUCAUAAAGCUGCGACUAUGAUACAGCGAGUGUUAAGGAACCGCAUGAAUAUUAAGCUUUUCAAGCAGCAGGAGAAAGUAAGGCAAACAUAUUUGUUACAAUUCACCAGGAAGGUAGAGAUUCACCUGAAAGCAACAGUCAUACAGAGACGCUACAGAAAACAUGCAUCACUUUGUGAAGCCAAGAAACAACUUCACAGUGCCCUCAUAAUACAGAACUGGAUAAAAGGGAGAUUAUGCCGCAUUCGGUUUCUGAAGCUCAAGAGGUCUGUCCAUGUGAUUGAAACAGCAGCAUUACAGUGGAUUCGCAUCAGCCAUGACAAAGAAAAGAAACAAGCAGCCACCAAAAUACAGGAAGAGGAGAUACAGGAAGAGAAGGAAAAGCCCAAGAAAUUGAGUAAAAUGAAAAGAUUCCGAAAAUGGCUGAAACGCACUUUUAGUUGCUCAAGAUAAAUAUGAAAAGUGGAUACUCUGUCAAGAACUAAAGAAUAUUAAUUAUCAUUCUAUGUAAAAGAGAUUUAAAUAUCAAUGUAUAACUUGCCUUUAUUAAAGAAUAUUUGGAACCCAGGAGGGGACACCCGAGCUAUUUUUACAGGUUUUCGCUGGUUUGGCUGAUAAUUAACUUUUUUUCUUUUGACCUUUUUUCUCUAAAUUUAUAUAAUGUGGGCCUCAUACAUAAGAGGCUUGCAUUGCAAAAGUGACUUAUUCUAAAUUUGUCUUUGGCUUUUCUUUCUGGAAACGAGGCAAGUGAGGCAGAUCUCUUGCCGAGUUACCAGAGCAAAAUUACUUCAACAAUUUUGGAACUUUAGGCCUUUCAGGGAGACCCAUUUUAACCAGGGUUUCCCUGUCUAAAACCAUUAAAUUGUAAAUACAUCCAUUUAGAGAUGUUAAAAGCUCCGUUGUCCUCUCCUGUCAAAAAACUGCUUAUAUUUAGUUUAAAGUAAUAUAUUUCUGUCCAUACUGUAUGUGCUAAAGUUUUCAAUACUUGAUGCGUACUUUUAAAUAAAUAAACCAAUGUUUGCAUA